AUGUGGCUCUUCGUUUUACAUAAUCUUCGCAAUCGUCAAUGGUUGGACCAAAAACUUAAAGGAUUUGAGUACUGGAAGCUCUACAUUGCCGAGAAGAAAAGCAAGCGAACUUCUCAGUCUUUGAACACCAGGUAUCGCCGCAUCGAGAAAGACCUCUAUCAAUAUCCAUUGGCGAAAGAAGAUCUACUUUUUCUCUACAAAAAGCUAAUGAUCCAGAUGGAUCCUGUGCAUGUCAAACCGGCGCUCGAGGAGAAAUUCAAUUGCACGAUCAACUUGCGCAAUCGCAAUUGGACGGUCCGAAGCUACGAGUUUGCUGAAGUAAACAAAGAUGAAGAAACGCCGGCACCAAAAUCAAAGAAUCUGAACGUAACUCGCAGAAUCCCUACGCAAGCAGCAUCUGCAACAGUUGAGGAAGAAGGCGAAGCAGACGAGCACUCAUUCGAUCUCACUGGCGAAUUCGAUGACUUCAUGCGUCGACACGGUCGUCGAAAAUCGAAAACGCGAGAAGAACUGCAUAAUUACCACGCUGAGUUGAAGCAAAAAAGCAUUCCGCUCACAAAAAUCGUCACCAACUUCAAGAAAUUACCCGACAAUUACCCCCUCGAUGCAAUUGACGCCUCUUCGAACGCAGGAAAUUUGAAAAGACCUUUUGAGCAAGCGGGUGACGAAAACGAGACGAACGAUAGCUCGCCAAACAAGAUUGGGGCGCAAGAAGGAAUUAUGCGAACGUUUUAUCCAAGCCAGUACACUGAACUUGACAAGAAAGCGCAAAUGCCGAAGCAUAGAAUGGCUAGUCCCAGAUCGGGGAACAUGUCGCCGAUGAAGUUUGAUCAACAGGUUGAUUUUGAAACCGGGUCUCGGUCACGAAUCGUUGACAAACAAGAUGAGAGAAUGACUUUUGAGCAAAUCCAAGCUCGCACCCGGAAACAGCUGACCGAAAUUCUACAUAGUGAUCAAGUGCUCAUCGAGUUGUUCAUGAAGAAAAUGGCAAGCGCGCGGAACGAGAAUGAUUAUCUGAAGAAAGCGUUACGUCUUACACGAUCCCUGCGUCGUCCCGUUGUCCAGAUGAAUUUCAAUCGUCAGAAAGUGCCCGAGGUGGACAUUGCCCAAAUCGUCGAUCUCAACAUUGCGCCGGUGCUGAGCGGUUUCGAGAAGGAGUGGCACGCAAGUUUCUCGAGGGGACUCGAGCGAUACGAAGCGAUCUCGCAACUCUGGAAUCGAGUGUGGAAACAAAGUGGGAAAAGGAUUGCGUUCAAAGAUGCUUUGUGGAAAGACGUGCGCUCGGUCGAACAGAAAGCCUUCUCUUUUUCAAAAGAUGAGAAUUCCUACGAGGAUCGUCUCACCAACUCGAUCGACUCGCUCGUCUCUUCUUUCAACAAU